CCUCUGCGGGGCAGCAAUGGCGGCUCCCAUCACCUGGAGGAGGUUGGUGCAUUCGGUGUACUCCCCGGCCAUUGCCGGGGUUUUCAGCCGGAUAUCUGACCGACUGUUCCGCGCUCAGGAAAGACGAAGAGGGUCAGCUGUGCUGCUGCUGGCUCCGCUGCUUGCUCAAGCCGAGCCAGCUCCACGCCAUGUUUCCAGGCCCACCGGAUCAGCCGGAGCUCAGGGCUCUGAUGGCCUUUGCACACACUUCCAUUGGAUGGCGGAGCAAGUACCUGCUUUUCGUGUGCCGGGGGCCCACAUCAAGAUCCUGACGUCACCAGACCAGUUUUACCAGGCAAUGAAGGCCCGCAUCAGAACCGCACAAAGACGGGUGGUGAUGGCUUCCUUGUAUCUGGGAACAGGGCAGUUGGAGCAGGAACUGGUUGACUGCAUGGAGGAAGCUCUCCAACAUUCAAAGGAAAACAGUCACUCUGCUGGCCUCAAAGUGUCUGUACUACUGGACUACACACGGGGAUCAAGAGGUCAGAUUAACUCCAGGACCAUGUUGCUGCCUCUGCUGCAGCGCUUCUCCUCUCAGAUGCGAGUGUCUUUGUACCACACGCCAGACCUGAGAGGCCUGCUACGACUUCUGGUGCCGCAGCGCUUCAACGAGACCAUUGGAGUCCAGCACAUCAAAGUCUACUUGUUUGACGACAGCAUUAUCAUCAGCGGGGCCAACCUGAGCGACUCGUACUUCACCAACAGGCAGGACCGCUACGUGCUCCUGGAGAGAUGCGGCGAGCUUGCAGACUUCUUCUCUGAGCUGGUGGAGGCUGUGGGGGAUGUCUCCCUGCAGCUGCAGCCGGACGACUCGGUCACCAUGCUGGAGGGCAUGGUGCACCCAUACAAAGGAAAUCGGCAGGAUUUUGCAGCAGCUGCGAGGAAGCGAAUCAUGGAGGUGGUGAGCUUGGCCCAGGUGAGACAGCAGCUGCUGCGGCACCGCUCCAAGGAGGAGGGAGGCAUGAGCGAGUGUGAGGAGGACACCUGGGUGUUCCCUCUGGUGCAGAUGAAGCCUCUGGGUAUCCGGCUGGAUGAGCAGGUCACACAGCGCCUGCUGACAGACGCCGGGCCAGACUCCACUGUGUAUCUAACAUCGGGUUACUUCAACCUGACCCGGGCUUACAUGCGGCUGGUGCUGGGGACCGGAGCCAGGUACCGCAUCCUGACCGCCUCCCCUGAGGUCAACGGGUUCUUUGGGGCCAAAGGCGUCGCCGGAGCGAUCCCUGCAGCUUACAUCCACAUCGCCAGGCAGUUUUACAACCAGGUGUGCCAGCUGGGCCAGCAGGACAGGGUGCGUCUGCACGAGUACCACAGGCCGCAGUGGACCUUCCACGCUAAAGGUCUGUGGUAUUACCUCCAGGGGCAGGACAGGCCUUGCCUCACUCUAAUCGGCUCCCCUAACUUUGGUUACCGCUCGGUUCACCGUGACCUGGAGGCACAGAUCGCCAUAGCGACGGAGAACGAAGAGCUUCAGCGGCAGCUGCAGGAGGAGCAGGAGAUGCUGUACCGCCGCUCCUCCGAAGUGUCCGACUCCACUUUCCAGCAGCCAGACCGCCACGUCAAACUGUGGGUCAAACUGGUCACUCCGCUCAUCAAGAACUUCUUCUGAGAUCCAACAGCUGCGGUCACCCAGUGAUCUCUUCAUGUGGUCCAGAGUCACGGCUCAGCACAGACAUUUGUGUCGUUUGCUUGGUCUUCCUUUUUGGGUUUGGACUCCAAUGUUGAGCCAAGGUCAGCCCCGGUUCUGCAGAGAAGAUGUUCUGGUACAGGCUGAGCAUCGCCGUCGCCUCAUCAGUGCCACUAAAAGUGACUGCAACACAUAAGAGGAACUGUGAUUGACUUUGUGGCUGGAAAAAAAAAGCUCUUAACCCCUCUUCCAUUUUUUACAUUCACAUCCACAAACUGUGGAUUUCUGCACUUUCCAACAGAGGAAGCUACUGAUUAUCUUUCUGCACCUCCACAUGCACUGUUGUUGCAUGAUGUGGAGCCAAACAAAGACUCUGACGUCUGUGACGGUAAGCAGACGGGUGUGGUGAAGCCCCUGGAGGGGCCUUAAUAACAGCUCCUAGGGUUUGUUUACAGCUCUGCCCAGAGAUACGUGUACAGUUAUCUUUGUAAACUCAAGGAUCUGAUGAGUUUUUAAAAGUGAAUCACAAUGUUGAACUAAAUUUAUUCUAAAGCUCAAUGCAGAGCUUUAGAGUUCAAUGUAAUCAAAGUUCACUGGAGAUGAUAGAUAAGAGGACGGUUCUCCUGGCGUUAGAAACUCCCAAACUCAGCGACCGCAAUAUUUUUACACUUUGAUCCAUUUCAACUGCAGCAAAUAAAAAAUAAAUAAAUGAAAAAUCCACUGAGGAAGAUUUAAUGGCUUUAGCUACAAACUGUUCUACUGUUCUAAUUCUAGGGUUUGCCUGCAGAUUAACGAGGGAACCCGAACUAUCACCCAGUCCUCACCAAGGAGCUGCUGCAGAAAGUUUUAGAAAGGUUCUAGUGAACACAUCUAGUUGAAAUGAGGAUCAUCUCUGUCACCUGAGGGAAAAGUUUUUGGUUUAGCAGCUGACUGUAGAUUUAAUCCAACUUAAUCCAACUAAAAUCUGCUAAUAAAAUGUCCACUUGUUUCUUUUUAAGGAGCAGAAUGAUCAGAUGCUGCAGACAUGUUUUAUACCAAAUUCAUUUAUUGAUUCCAUAUGUUUGCUUGUCAGUGUACAAACAUCAAAAUAAUAAAAAUAUUAUAGAGUUUAAUGAAA